AUGUCCAACGUCAGCCUUGAUCUAGAUGCGGAAGAAGCGGCAUUCCAGGCACAGGUAGCUGCUAUUGAGAAAGAAUGGCAAAACCCCAGGCAGGCUCAUCUUAAGAGGCCUUACUCGGCAGAGUCCAUUGCAGCUCUACGAAACACGAUACCGAUAACGUAUCCGUCGAGCUUGCAGGGAGAUAAGCUUUGGAAUAUUCUAAAGACUCAUCUGGCAAAUGGAACUCAUGAGAAGACAUUUGGCACCACAGAGCCAACUGUCGUUUCUCAAAUGGUUAAACAUCAACAGACUGUCUAUGUAUCUGGAGCCCUAUGCGGCCUAUCCGAAGUUCAGCACCCAGGAUGUGAUCACGCAGAUUACCCGUGGGACACGGUGCCAAAGGUCGUUGAAAAGAUCUUCAAGGCGCAGCUAUUCCACGACCAGCGGCAACAUCAGUUUCGGAUGCGCCACUCCAAAGAAGAGCGCGCGAAGCUCGAGAAGUAUGACUUCAUGGCCCCGAUCAUCGCCGAUGGGGACAUGGGUUUUGGCGGCCUCACAACAACGGUCAAGCUGGCCAAGCUGUUUGUGGAAGCCGGCGUUGCCAUGAUCCAUCUAGAUGACUUAGCGAUCGGCCUGAAGAAGUUUACUGUUGGCGAAGGCAGAACUGUGGUCCCUACUAGCGAGUAUUUGUCGAGAUUAACUGCUGUCCGCAUGCAAUUCGAUGUCAUGGGCACCAACACGUUGCUCAUGUGUCGUUGCGACACUGACCGGUCCCAGUUCAUCACGAGCACCAUUGACCCCCGGGACCACGAGUACAUCAUCGGAGCUACCAAAGACCUCGACCCUUUGGUCCAGUAUGUAGCAAAUGGAAUGGCGGAAGGGAAACCAUAUGUGCAAGCACGGGAUGAAUGGAAGUCCCAGGCUGGCCUAAUGACAUUUGACCAGGCUGUCAAGGAGAAAGCCACAGAAGAAGAGUAUCAACAAUACGCUUCGAAAGCCAUUGCCUAUGGUGUUUCACUUAAAGAAAAACGCCGAAUUGCCAAAGAGUUGGUAAAGCAGGACGUGUUCUUUGACUGGGAGCUCCCUAGAACCAAGGAGGGGCAGUAUAUGUGGAAGCCUAGUGUCAAGACAAUUGUCGAGCGAGCUGUUCUAGUCGCACCCUUGGGCGAUAUGACAUGGGCCAGAAUGGACGCGCCAGUCUGGAAAGAUAUCGUCGAGUUUCACACCGAGGUCCGUAAGGUGUACCCAGAUCGAAUGUUUGCGUUCGGCUUCACCGGAAUGUACAACUACGAGGCAGCCGGUUUCACUCAGGAACAGGUAAAAUCUUUCAGUGACGACAUGGCCAAAUUAGGCAUCGUCUGGCAGGUCCAGCCCAUCUGGUCUGUAGCAGGUUUGAACAUUACAGCAGAGAAGUUUGCUAAGGAGUGGCAGAGAGAUGGUAUUGCUGGAUAUAUUGAGACGAUUUCCAAGCCAUCAAGGGCACCUCCUAUUGUCGAUGGUUUUCACAAGCUUAGUUAUGCAGGAUCCUAUCUUGCGGACGCCUUUUUUGCUGUUGUUGCUGGAGAGAAGAUUGUACCAUAG